AUGUUCAAGCAGAAACUGCAGUCGUUGGCCGGAACAAGCCCAAUGAACCCUAACCCCUACUCCCCCAGAAACAGCAUCGAUGUGCACUCUUUCACUCUAAGCAACGAAGACCUCGCUGGCGAGUCCCCCGAUCUCAGCAAGACAAACAUGAAACCCUACAACGACGCACUAGCCUCGUAUUUGUCGCAGUGCGGCUUCAGCGCCGGCCUCGUGAAGUUCAAGCACGGCUCGAAAAUCGGCAAGUCUGCGCUGAAAAUAUUCGGCAACUCCGCUCCAAAGUCAGUGCAGGCUUUCCUAUCGGGAACGGGCCAAAUGCUGUUCCUCCCUUACAACCCGGCCAAAAAGAAGGACCAGCUUUCAGAUGACGUCCCCGAAGAGGACGAAGAGGGCGAUAUGGACGAAUCUGACAUCGAGGAGACCCCAGAGCCAGGACAGCAGGGUUUGCGCCAGCCGCGGACGUUGCAUCACACCGUGGCCAGCCACACAUUCGUGGUGGUCAUCAAGCUCAUGAAGACCCAGUCGCUGACCUCUAUAGCUCGGGCGCGCUACUACGCCGAUGCGACAACGAACUGGACUUCUGGAAUCAGCGUGGAAAAUGCAAAGGGAAAGUACAAAUUGGCAUUCAAGGAAAAAUACAGAGUGUCUAAGGACAUUGAUUGGGACCUGGAUCUCCGCAACCCGGACUGCUUCAUUCCGUUCAAAGUCUUUGACAGCGAUCCAGACAGUGUGGAGGAGUUCAACUUCGAAUUUGCUCAGGAUGCAGAGUCAGAGGUCACGUCGUCCACCAAAACUUCGGCAGAAGUUUUGCGCUCUCCAUCUGCAGCACAGGAACUUCGAUACUACGAGCCCCUGAGUCCAAAGGAUUUUGUCAAUGAGAUCGACGACAACGGCAAAGACACCGUCAAACACGAGGACCUUUUUGCAGGGGUCGAAGCUGAAUCACGGAAUUUCCAGCCCGGCUACUACGUUUUUUUGCUUCCUGUGGUGUAUCCGAUCAACACUCCCGAAACCGUGCGGACACCUCUUGCUACUGUCUCGCAUAAUCUGCAUGUGCAAGUUGAGUCUGCACAAUAUGUUCCUGCCAUUCUUCCUCCCCCAUCAGCUUUGCUUUCCGUCCCGCAACACCAUCGCUAUGAAGACACCGAUAUAGUUGGAAGCUAUUUUAACUCCAACACCUCAAAGAGCAUUCGAAGAAAACUCGGCCGCCACAGAUCUUCUUCCGUUUCUUCGACCACCUCAGCUUCCCACAAGUCCGCCAAUCCAAUUUACGAUUUUAGCCACGAGCUUCCGGUUAUUCGUCUGCCUCCUUCCGACGCCACGUCAACUUUGAACAAAUCUAUCUACGUCAACAAAAUUUGGAGCGAUUCUCUCAAUUACGAGAUUCUGCUGCCUCGGAAGUUCAUCCAGCUGUCUCCAAAGUCUGGCAUCAGCGACCCUUACAUGAGAAGUUCGACUUUUGUUUUGCAAAUGAAGCUCAUUCCCUUGGUGAAAAAUCUCUCUUUGAAACGGAUCAAGAUCAACAUUGUGGAAAAAAUCACCUACAUCUCAAAAGAUCGUAAGUACGAGACCGAGGUGGGCUCAAUGGACCGUUCAGGAUGCAAAGAGCGCAAGGUGACGUUAAUGGAGAUCAAAACCAAGGAAAAGAACCACACCUCUGCCAUGAACACCCAGAUCAUCAAGGGCUGUGCUAACGAGAACCUGCUAACCUUCUGUUACAACAACGGAAAAGUGCCAGAUUUCGAUGGACGCAGCAGAUCCGGAUCUUUCAAUAACUUGCAUCUGGGAACCAAAAGAAUGGCCAAGCUGCUCGAACCAUCUAAAAACUCCAGUUCCAGCUCUUUGCCUUCGACUUCACAGGAAGAAGUCAGCAUCACGAAUCCUGUCAAAUUGCAAUGUCCGCUGCGUUUCAUUGCCAAUGACGAAACGAAACUCAUUUCUGAAACCCACGAUGCUCUUACUCACAACGGAUUUGAUGGCAACGACAACGAUAUCGAUCCGCCUCCUGUAGGCGACGAGGUGUCCAUUUUUUCUAUGAGCUCGCAGGGCGAAAAUGAUCAACAGGAAGAAGAGAGUUCUGGAUGGCUGUCCAAAUCGCCUUUGCUUUCGCCUAUUUUGUCUCCCAAAAAGACAUCCUAUCCACCAAAAAUGUCAAAUAAAGAAGAUGAUCGGUUGCAAGAAUUCUCAUUUUAUCCAGACACUAAUUUCCAUAACGUGAAUAUCAAGCAUCGACUGCAAGUUUGUUUUCGCAUCAGCAAACCCUACGAAAACAAAACCGACCACAACGGCGAGCCGAAGAUGCAUCACUACGAAGUGAUUGUGGACACGCCUAUUGUCUUCGUCUCGCCUUUCUGCGUGCGCGAAAAUGUCGAGCUUCCUAGCUAUGAGUAUGCCGUGAGGUCGUCAGCGCUCGAUGCCUCAAAACCCACUGACGGCUUUGCUUUUAGUGCCGAUUGCGAGCAGAACAACGACAUAGACGAAGAUCUGCCCACAUUCGAAGAAGCCGUGCUGCAGCCUUCGUCUCCGAUGAUGAGUGGCUACAACAUCCCGAACCAGUACUUUUCGACGUUCAAUUCUACUACAAUGCUCUCGCAGUCGCCGUUCUCGAUCGGCUCCAGCUCCCCUCCUGCAUCUUACAGCAUGGGCCAUAAUGGCAGCAGUUUGAGCGGGCUCAACCUGAACAACAUGAACGACGUGAGCUUCAACAACCUCGAUAGCUUGCUCCAGACGGCAGACGCAGAAGAUGAGGAACUCUUUGCAAAGAAGGAUAUCAAGCCCUCCAGCGCAGGGGGCCAGCUGAGUAGUCUUCUGAAGCCAUCGGUCUCGAAAGAGAACGUCAUUAACCGUCCUGCGAUCACCAUCAAUGGAAAGUUUGACUACGAGAACGCCAGCCAUGUUCCGUCGAGAUCUUCCUUGGCAUACUACGAAGACGAUCUUCCGUCCUACCAGAACGUGAUCGAGCAAGACUCUCACGGCAUGGAGGAGAAUUUGGGACUUCUUUCGGACGGCGACGACAUUGAGGGCGACGAGACGUUCCAUCUCACACAUGGCAAUCAAAGUCUAUGUACUUUGGAUCUGAAUACCGUGCCAGCCCAGGCCACUAGUAUCCUGGACUAG